AGGACCGCGCUGUGAGUUGGGCCGACAGUCUGUUUGUGGUGCCACGGUGUCGGUUGUGUGUUUGUAUCGUUUGAGAUGUUGAAUGUUUACUGUUGGCUUAUUUGAUCACCGGGGUCUGCCCGCGCGUUGUAUCUUUGAUUUAUUCGUUUCGUGGUCAUUCCCCCCCGUUCUGUUAUUUUGUGUGUGAGCCGCAUGAACAGCCAGGCUGGAUCGAACCAGGAAGAAGAUUGAGGAAUCCAAGGAGAAGAUCCGCCGGGAGAUCCGCGAGUCCAAGGCCAAGAUGUUCACCAAAUUUACCAACAUCCUGCAGCAGGCGGUGGAGGCGUUGGCUCCGUCCCUCCCACUACAAGAAGAUUUUGUGUUUCAUUGGAAGGCCAUUACUCACUAUUACAUCGAUACAUCAGAUGAUAAAGCUCCAGUAACAGAUACAAACAUCCCAUCACACUUGGAUCAGAUGUUAGAAAUUUUGGUUCAGGAGGAACAUGAAAGGGAAUCUGGUGAGACAGGCCCCUGUAUGGAGUACUUGCUUCAUCACAAGAUUUUGGAGACUCUGUACACGUUGGGAAAAGCUGAUUGCCCACCGGGAAUGAAGCAACAAGUCCUAACUUUCUACACAAAAUUACUAGGAAGAAUCAAACAACCCCUCUUGCCGCACAUAAAUGUUCACAGGCCUGUCCAGAAAUUAAUUCGACUUUGUGGUGAAGUUCUUGCUGCCCCCACGGAAAAUGAAGAAAUACAGUUUCUUUGCAUAGUCUGUGCAAAAUUGAAACAAGAUCCCUAUUUGGUCAAUUUUUUCCUAGAGAACAAAUCUCCAAGAGCUACAGGAGUUGCCAAGCCACAGAAAGCAGAAGUCGAUGUUUCAGAAGAUACUGUUGUGCCAGCAGAUAUAUCAUCAGAGACAGAACAAGCCCAACUUCCUGAAGGCAACACUAGUACAGGACUGUGCAAUGCUACCUGUAGAGCUGUAAUCAGCCCAUUGGACAGCAAUAGCAACUUGUCUGAACACAGUACCAAUCUUUCUACGUCAUUAAAUACCAUGACCCUUUCAUUACAAACAGCCGCUGCAAACUCUUCUGAGCUCUGUCAAAGCCAAGAUUAUAAUCUGGUGAAUUCAUUAAUAAACCUUAGUAAAAGUCCGGAUGGUCGAAUUGUUGUUAAAGCAUCUGAGGGUCUGAUGCUACUAGUUAGUUUGCCAGAGCCAGCAGCUGCAAAGUGCCUGACUGACAACACUUCUCUGUGCCAAUUGCUUACGGAAAGAUUGGGCAAGCUUUAUCGAGCACUGCCACAGUCGAUAGAUCCAAUGGAUAUUGAAUCUUUGGAGUCGGUUAACUGGGGUUUAGACUCUUACAGCCAUAAAGAAGAUACCACAGCUUUUCCUGGAAAGCGUGCCCUCAUCUCUUUCCUAUCUUGGCUGGAUUAUUGUGACCAACUAAUUAAGGAAGCCCACAAGCUCACUGCCGUUGCCUUGGCAAGGGCCAUUCGAGAGAGAUUUUUUGUUCCAGUUAUGGAGCCACAAUUGCUUCAGACAUCAGAAAUUGGUAUUCUGACUUCAAUAUCACUGCUAAAUCGCAUCAUCCGCCAGAUCACAUCAAGUGCAAUGCUACAAGAGUUAGUUUUCUUCCUCUUAGGAGAUCAGAGACAGUCUGAAACAGCUGGAGAACAUAAGCAUCAGUUACGAUAUCGACUUAUAGAGCAUUGUGACCAUCUCUCAGAUGAGAUAAGUAUAAUGACACUGAGAAUGUUUGAGCAUCUAUUACAAAAGCCAAAUGAGCACAUUAUUUACAGCAUGGUCUUAAGGAAUUUGGAGGAACGAAACUACGUUGAAAAUAAACCACCUUGCCAGGAGGACAAGGAUAUUGUUGAAAAUGGACAGAUAGCAGGAGCAGUAGAUUUGGAGGAAGAUCCAAUUUUUACAGAUCUGUCACCUGAUAACAGACUGCUUGGUUCCAGUUGGCUGACUGCUUCCCCACCUCCAACACCAGACCAUACAAAAUCUGAUGGGAAAACAGAAGUUCAUAAGAUUGUAAAUAGUUUCCUGUGUCUUGUUCCUGAUGAAGCAAAGUCAUCUUACUAUGUGGAAGGCACAGGAUAUGAUACCUACCUCAGAGAUGCACAUAGGCAGUUCCGGGAUUGUUGUGGUAACUGUAUGAAGUGGGACUGGCCUUCAAUACCUAAGCCUUUGGAGAAAUGUAAUCUGGAAACACCUUUCUUUGAGGGACAUUUUUUAAAAGUUCUGUUUGAUCGAAUGGGCAGAAUCCUUGAUCAGCCGUAUGAUGUGAAUUUGCAAGUGACAUCUGUUUUGUCAAAGUUAUCAUUAUUUCCCCAUCCCCACCUACAUGAAUACUUACUGGAUCCUUACAUUAACUUGGCUCCCAACUGCAGAUCUUUGUUUUCUGUUAUUGUAAGGGUGGUUGGCGACUUAAUGUUGCGAAUACAACGUAUCCCAGACUUCACACCAAAGCUUUUGCUUGUCAGAAAACGCCUGCUGGGCUUUGAGCCAGAUGGACCUAUCAUUGACCAUAUGACUUUGCUGGAAGGUGUAAUAGUGUUGGAAGAGUUCUGUAAAGAGCUAGCAGCAAUAGCUUUUGUUAAGUUCCAUGCUUCUACCACACCUUAACCAUUGGCUGGAUUCCAUACAGAAGCAUCCUAUCACAACUUCAGUUUUACAGGCCAGCUUCAAAGGAAAUGUUUGGAACAACAAGGCCAUCUUAAACUGUAGCACACUGUAUCUGUGUCUUGGACAUGGAUAGGAAAAGGGAAAUGUGCCUAAAAAUGGGGCAACUGAUGCAGUUAUCUGUAAAAAAUGGAAGACAAUGUCAAGAAGAAGAGUAAUACUUUGAAUUAAUAUUGGAAGAUUGUUUUUCAGUUAACAGCGACAACCUCAAAAUGUUGUAUAUGUUAUAUUUUACAGAAAGAAGUAGUAAUUUUCCUACUUCUGAUCCCUUUUAAAAUCAUGAUCUUUACUCUUGAUAAGAUUGUUCUCAACAUGUGAGAAUCGGGUAGGCAAAGGUCCAUAUCAGAAAUGUUUACCAGUAUUUUAGCAAAUCAAAGAAUUAUUUAAGUAACAAAAGCUGGGGUGCUGAUCUGAAGUUAUUGUAUGUUUCUGUGCCUUUGAAAAGGGCAACAUUAAGUGUUAAGUCAUGUUAAUAUUUUGUCACUCUUCUCUUCCUUUCUUCACCACUUUCAAGCAGCCCAGAAGCCAUAAUUUCUCAGACUGUGGCUUUUGUAUCUGUUUCCGAGCCUUCAUACACAUAGCAGGGAAUCGCCUCCAUAUUUGGAUGCAAGCCUAAGCUUAAGUAUUGUAUACUUGCGCAAAAAGUGGUGUUUCAUUUAUGGUUAAUGCUGCAUUUCAAGUGUUCACUCUUAACAAGUACUUAGUGUUCGGCAAAGCUGUAAUAGAACCAAAUUUUUCAGUCUAAUAUUUCAUUAGCCAGUAUUAAUUAACCAUUUAAAACAGACCAUCACCUAUAUUUUUUAAUAUUAAAGUAGAAAAACCAUAGAUAUUUAUAAAGCACCAAACUGCGUACCUAUAUCAAGUUAAAUUGCUCAAUAUAAUUCACAUUGGAUGCCUGAAAUAACUUGGGGUUGUUGUGCAAUGAUUUAAUGAUCUCUUUACAAUGGUUCCUCACCAAUGUUUGUUACAAAUUAUGUAUUAAGUUCUGUAUUUAAACUUUUACUAAAAUAGUACCAAUGGUGCAUCUUUUCUAUUUUCAUUUCGUUUGUAGAAAGUUAAGGUAAAGUAACAAGGUCUUUUUUAUAGUUAACAGCAUUAUUGAACAUGGAGUACUAGUUUAUAAUAGGUGCUUGAAGUGUUGGUUUAUGUUUCUGUAAAUAAUACUUACUUGUAAUGUAUUUGUGCAUUACAAACCAAAUAUCUUGGGAGUUCACUGCAUUUAAUGUCAGUCUUCCUCUUUUUGUUUAUAAGAGUGCAACACUUUUUGUGUGCAAUAUAAAAGCUGUAUUACCUUGGAUGCAGCUUACAUGCAACACUUCUGUCAUAUAUAAGAGACUCUUAUAUAUCGAUCCGUGCUUGCUUCUACUGUCACUAUUGUAUAUGGUAAAUGGAUUAUAA